AUGUCCCCAUCAUCGACAGGCGAAUCCGUUCACUCAAUGUCAAUCAACUCCGCCCGGCCGUUUACCGUGCCUGCACGCGACAGCUUUUCACUUGAGCUCCCACUAUCGUCACUCACAGGGAUGUCGACCGAUACCUCGCUCAAAUCGCCUGUAACCUAUAAGAACCAACGAACACCCAGUUUUAGCAGAGACGGCAUGCUAAACGCAUCACAAAAGUCUCGUCAUCUAUCACAGUCUUCUGACAACAGGCCCGACAGCAUGUCUAAUGGCGCACAAAAGCUCUCAAGCGACGAAGGUUCAAACCCGCUCAAGAGGCGAAACACCGAAACUGGCGUUGAUUAUCCCCGCCGUAGGGCUACUAUUGCUUGUGAGGUUUGCCGCUCGAGGAAAUCCCGUUGCGAUGGAACGAAACCAAAGUGCAAGCUGUGUACAGAGCUUGGUGCUGAAUGCAUCUAUCGAGAGCCAGGCAUCAAACUCGAUGCGGGUGACAAGUUGAUUCUGGAGCGCCUCAACCGUAUCGAAAGCCUACUCCAAAUGAGUAUGGUGGGAGGAGCGAAUGGGCUCAGCCUGCCUGAAAACUCGCCAGGGAUGAGUAAUGGUACAGGGCUCGAUGGUGACAACAUAAUCAUGUCCGCCAACGCCGCCUCUUUUGGCUCUAUUCCCAAUGGUGGAUUCGGGACAUGGUCUGCCCAGCCGACCGGAACCAACAUCUCUACCAUGCCCAAAGUCCACACUAAUGCCGCUAUGCAUUUACUGCAAUGGCCUCUGAUCCGAGAUCUAAUUUCACGGCCGUGCGACCCUCAGAUUCUCCUCCAACUGGAAAUGGCUCGAGAACCGCUCCAUACUUUAACGAAAACCCCAUGCGUGGAUCUGUCAAAUACCCAGGCCUAUAUCGAGGCUUACUUCGAGCGGGUUAACAUCUGGUAUGCUUGCGUUAACCCUUAUACCUGGAGGAGCCAAUAUCGAACGGCCUUAUCCAACGGGUUCCGAGAAGGACCGGAAAGUUGCAUUGUGCUUCUUGUUCUCGCUUUGGGCCAGGCAAGCUUGCAUGGAAGCAUUUCUAGAAUUCUACCCCAAGAAGACCCUCCUGGCCUGCAAUACUUCACAGCAGCCUGGUCGCUACUUCCAGGACUAAUGACUGCCAACAGUGUGGUGGCGGCACAGUGUCAUCUCCUUGCAGCUGCAUACCACUUCUACCUUGUGCGCCCUAUGGAGGCAUGGAAUCUUCUUUGCACUACGAGCACGAAGCUGCAGCUACUUCUCAUGGCACCAAGCCGUAUUCCUAGUCAUCAACGAGAGCUUGUGGAACGCAUUUACUGGAACGCUUUGCUUUUCGAGAGCGAUCUUCUCGCCGAACUCGACCUGCCACACUCGGGAGUAGUGCAGUUCGAGGAAAACGUCGGCCUCCCUGGUGGAUUUGAAGGUGAUGAAUCAGAGCAAGUCGGUCGAGAUGAGCUUUGGUACUUCCUCGCAGAGAUUGCUCUACGCCGGUUGUUAAAUCGAGUAAGCCAACUUAUAUACUCCAAGGAUUCGAUCGCAACAACAACAAGCCUGGAUCCAGUUGUUGCAGAACUCGACUACCAAUUGAGUCAAUGGUACGAGAGUUUACCACUACCAUUGCAGUUUCCUUUCACACGAAACGCUCUGCAAGACCCAGUGCAAACGGUACUUCGACUUCGAUUCUUUGCCUGCCGCACCAUUAUUUAUCGGCCAUAUAUUCUAGCUGUGCUAGACAAUGAGCAGCAAGUUCUUGAUCCUGCGGUGCGGGAGAACUGCCACAAGUGCUUGGAAGCUUCUAUUCGACAGCUGGAGCACAUCCACGAACAUCAUGCUGGUCAUAUGCCAUACAUCUGGCAAGGAGCUUUAUCGAUGGUCUCUCAAACGUUACUCAUAAUGGGUGCCAGCAUGUCGCCAUCGCUGCUCGGCAUUUUGCUUACCUUGGUACCUAGUCGUGAGGCACUAGACCAGAUCAUCAAUGAUGUGGUUCUGGAAGUUGAGCGGUACGCAACGUUGGCUCCAAGCUUAAGUCUGGCCUCCGAAAUUAUCAAGGAGGCUGAGGUGAGAAGACGCGCGUUUCUUGGUACUCCCUAA